AUGGCCGGCGGAAGUAGAGGUGAAAAUGUUGACAUUGAGGUUGAUGCUCCACCAUCGUUGGAGCAGGUCAAUAUUGUUUUUCCCUCUAGCGACGACGAUGAGGGCUUGUCACUGAGCUUCUUUCUGAUGCUCGUGCUUGUGUCGGCCUUCAUAUACUGCGCAUGGCACGCUAUAGAAAACGGUGUACAGGUCACCACGUGUUUGGCGGAGGCCUAUAAAAACCGAGAUGCUCUUCCGUCGGCGUUUGAGAAAGGCAAAGAGCGGAAAGAAGAUGGUGAACCGACACGAGUCGUGGGAAAGAAGGUCGAUGAAGAAAGUUGUGGAAAGGUGAAUCGCGAACAACAGUUUACUUGUGAGGGUAAAGUCAAGAAAGGGUGAAUAAACCUAAGAACAGUUGUCAUGAUUUGAAGAUGAAUAUGCAAGUACAAACAAUCCACUAUGCAGGAUCUAUUUCAUAUUCUAGUUUUUCGCGCGUUUUCCCUAUAAUAAUUCUAUCGCUUCUUGUGUGUUGUGAACAUGAUAACAGAGUAGGUUUCCUGCUAGCGGCCAUUCUUCUGGAGGACUUGGGUCGAGUACAAGGAGAGAUUCUGGACCGAAUCAACGAGCGAAAGUAUUUGUAGAACAGUACAAACGUGACGCUGACCACAACGACGGCAGUAUCAAAUUAGAAGUAUAAAACAGUCAAUCCAUCUGAAGGAGUGCUACGUGGAG